AGCGGAGAGAUGGCGGCGGAUCAGUUUUCCGUAUGACGCUUAUGGUCAGCGGGAUCCUUUUCUAGCUGAUGCAUAUAUCAUGCGAGUUUUCAUACGGCCUAGUAGACGUAUGAUGAGAAGAUGCUCCGGAAUCUAAGAUUGGCGCUCGGCAAAAUUUGCCACGCAGCACCUCUCCGCUUUUGCAAACGCCGAUACGUGGCGAGGGAACCGUUUCAGGCGCUGAACCGGUGUCCGAAGUGGGUUUGUGUGGAAGACGCAGUGAAGAUCAUAAACUCAGAGCACUUGGUCUUCAUACAAGGCGGCGCGGGCACGCCGAUAGAGCUCGUGCGUAGCAUGACCGAGCACGGGGUGUGCAACAAUCUGCGCGGCGUCCGGUUGCUGCACAUGAACCUCGAGGGGGACGUGCCAUUCGCUAAUCCGGAGUUUCAGAAGCACUUCAGAUCCAUCAGUUUGUACGUCGGCGCUAAUAUCAGGGAGGCGGUGAACGACGGACGAGCGGACUACAUCCCGGUGUUCCUGCAUGAGGCACCGAGGUUGUUCUACGAGAAGAAGAUCGUGCCCGACGUCGCGCUGAUCCACGUGAGCAUGCCGGACGCGCGUGGCUACUGUUCGCUGGGCGUAAGCGCGGAUUGCACCCGCGCUGCGGUCUGCACCGCGAAAGUUAUCAUUGCGCAAGUGAACGAGCACAUGCCGAAGACAUACGGCGACACAAUCAUCCAUUUGAGCCACUUCGACUUUGCGGUGAGGUACGAUUGCCCUCUGCCCUCCGUGGCCAACACGCAGCCCAACGAGAUCGAGCAUGAGAUCGGCAAGAUCAUCGCGCAACGACUGGUCGACGACGGUGCGACGAUGCAGCUUGGCAUAGGCAACAUUCCCGAGGCAGUGCUGCAUGCUCUGUGCAACCACAAGGACCUGGGUAUACACUCAGAAGUACUCGGAGACGCGAUGAUCGAUCUUGUUGAGAAUGGUAACGUCACGAAUAGGUAUAAGAUCAAGCAUCGAGGACGCAUGGUCGGCUCGAUGGCGAUCGGCACGAAGAAACUGUACGAUUUCUUGCAUGUCAAUCCAAUCGUCGAGAUGUUGGCGGUGAAUUACGUGAACGAUCCCCGAGUGAUCUCGAUACAGCCGAAGAUGACUGCCAUCAACUCCUGCAUCGAGAUGGACAUCACCGGUCAAGUGUGCUCGGACAGCCUGGGCUGUAAGAUAUAUGCCGGCUUCGGCGGUCAGUUAGACUUCAUUCAAGGCGCGGCGAAAGGUCAAGACAGUCACGGGAAAGCCAUCAUCGCGUUUCCCUCAGUCACGAGCAAAGGAGAGAGUAAAAUACAGCCGGUGUUGAAAAGCGGAGGCGGAGUGGUGGUCACGAGAGCCCACGUGCAUUACAUAGUCACAGAGCAUGGGGUGGCACAGCUCUUCGGCAAAACGCUGCGACAAAGAGCGAACGCGCUGAUUCAGAUCGCGCAUCCUGAUCACCGGGAGUGCCUGGAGAAGGCCGCGUACGAACGACUCAAGUCUAAUCCAACGAAAUAUCUCUAACACUCUUGUGACGUGUAAAUACAAUAGCCGUUUAUAAUAUUUCCAAGGUAGCCUCUGUAGCGGCUGUUCUUUCUUGUCAACAUUCUGUUAUCUUUAUAUUGAUAUAAGCUGUAGUGUAUGUCCUCUCGAUUUAAAAUUGACGA